UUUCCCCGUUACACAAGACAUGCCAAUUGAAAAAGGAUUAGACUGAUAUGAUCCUCUUUUCCUUCUAGUUGUCCGCCUCGUAGCAACUUAAAACAGGGGAUUAUAUUUAAACAGUCUGCUGCUAUCUACAAAGUUUGUGAGCCGUUCAAAUCACCAAUGGCCACCAUACGCCCAUACCCAACUGCAUUUUCACUCCCUGUUUACAAUUUGCCAAGAGGCAAGCAUUCUGCAAUCAUAUGCCAAUCAAUAACAGAUACAGCUUUACUCCAGACGCCCAAAACUUCUCAUUCAAAUUUGAAAACAUCAAUAUCAAGAAGAGAUUUGGCAUUUAAGUUGUUGGGCUCGUUUGCAUUAUCAAGCUUGGCCUUUCCACUGGUGGAUUCUUCUUCUCCUGCAUAUGGGAUUCUGGAGGCUGAUGAUGAUGAGGAGCUGCUGGAGAAAGUUAAGGCUGACAGGAAGAAGAGGCUCCAAAAACGAGAGGAAACUAAUAAAUUGAAGAGCGAGGCAGCCUAUGUGCAGGAUGCAGUUUACAAACUGAGUGAAGUAGGCCAAGCAUUAGACAAGAAUGAUUUCACAAGUGCAAAACGGGUUCUUGGUAAAAGUCUUGAUACAAAAUGGAUUGUGAAUAUUAAGGAAGCAUUUACAAAGGUGAGCUCCAACCCUGAGGAGAAAAGUAAAGCAGAUACUUUCACUGCAUCCUUGGCUUCUCUUAUAUCUGCAGUCUCAAAGGAAAACCUUGAUUUGUGCAAAAGUGCUUUUGUAUCAUCGGCAGAUGCUCUUGAGAACUGGUCAAUAUUGACUGGCUUAUCAGAACAAGUGAAAGGCCUUUAGUGAAAUACAUGCACCCAAAUCUACCCAUCUGUGUCACUUUCAAGAUUUUGGCAUCAUUUUUGCAAAUUGUCAAUCAAUUUUUCCUGUAAGCAUGGACCAGAGUAAGGCAACAUCUUAAAGGAUGUUGAAUGACAUGCUUCUGUGCACCAGUAUUUCACUGGAAAUUUUUAGUAGGUUUUUAAUUGAAUUGUCUUUCCUAGGAUUUUUUUGAGCAGGUUUGUAGAAUUUCUGGGAAGCUAGUACUCAAGUUUGGUAGAACCCAUUUAGCAUUAUUUCCUUCCUCUUGAAAUUUCAAUUCAGAAGUUAUCUGGAUGCCCACAUACUUUCAGACAUUAACUUCUUAACAUGCAUGUCAUUUUCGAAUCAUUUUGAAUUUCAAUCUGUAUGAUAAGUUGCUUAAA